CGCCACGCGUAGCUCAUAGGAAGUGAUUUGAAUUUACACAAGUAAACACAACAAGGACAAACGCUACUCGUGAACAGCAAGAUUUUAAAAAAUGGGUGUCAAAGGUCUUCAGCACUUUAUGGACCUUUGCUGUCCAGAAGCCUGUGUGACUGUAAACCUGAGAGAAAUGGCCAGACAGCAUGUUGCCAAAGGCCAGCAAGGCAGCACAAGCACAGCUGACACUACCAGCCCCACACUUGUUGUGGAUGGUAUGGCCUGCCUGCGCCACUGGUACUCAUGUAAGGACUGGGUAUGUGGGGGCCAGUGGAGGGAGUACAUGGAUGUGCUAAAGACCUGGGUGGAGGCCUUCACUUCAGCAGGCAUCAGACUAGUCUUCUUCUUUGAUGGGGUGGUGGAAGAGCAGAAGAGACAGGAGUGGGUGAAGAGGAGACGCAGAGUGAACAGGGAGGUUUCUAAAUUAUUUCGUCACAUGAAGGCACAUGGAGUGCAACCUGGUAGAGAGCUCUUUUGUCUGCCUUCUGGUCUGGCAACAUUCACGCCCUUUGCUCUCAGGUCACUGGGUCAGGAAGUGUUCUGCUCAGUACAGGAGGCUGAUUAUGAGAUAGCACGCUAUGCUCGUCAGCAUAGCAGUAUGGGCAUUCUGGGACAGGACACAGACUUUAUCAUAUACGACAGUGCCCCCUACUUGUCUGUGGCAAAGCUGCGGAUAGACAGCCUCACCACUGUCCUGUACGACCGACAGAGGCUCUGCCGAACCAUUGGAUUGGCUGUUACCCAGCUACCACUGCUGGCCUGUCUGCUAGGUAACGAUGUGGUGUCAGAGGAGAAGAUGCAGCACAUCAGGAACGACGCCAUGGAAACAUACAGGAUAAACAAACCUACACCACACUCGGGUGCUCCUCAGGGGCAGAUGGUUCUAGCUGUAUCCCACCUUGUGAGCUCCUUGUGGGGCAGAGAUGAGGUAGAGACUGGGCUUAUCCCCCAGUCUCUGAAUCUGUCUGCUGCUCAAAGAGAGCUGUUGAAGAGGGGGAUUUGCUCCUACUUGCUGCCUGGACAGGAAGUUCUUCAACGAGGUGACAUCUCUGCACUUCCCUCUGCCCCUGCCUUUGAGAAAAAUGUUAGUCCAGAAAUCUUAAAGGCCUGUAGAGAGAAGCACGUAGCAGCAGAUGGUUUCAUGGUUUACAGUGUUGUGUGUGAGGGAGUCAUUGAAUGUAGCAACACUCUGGAGGAUGAGGAGGACGCUGAAUUGCUGCCUCAGGCUCUUGUCUACAAGCCCUGCAGACAACACAUCUAUGGACUGCUGCUGCACGGGCAUGAUGCUAGGACAGUGAACUUAAUAGAUGGGCUGCACACAUACAGCAGCACUGUUGACCUUCCAACCAUCAGGGAGUGGUUUGUCUACCCUGGAAACCCUCUGAAGGAACCUGACAUGGUCCACCCUGUCCCAAUCAGCCUUCCAUGUGAUCCGCCCGGUCUGGACUUGUUAUGGUUCGGCACUGGUCCUGAAGUUUCUGCUCUUCGCCUGCUGUCAUUCCUUUCAAUUUUUGACUGCCAGGAGUUCGCCGAGUUAUUUGGAGCUAUUGAAGACUCUCUGCUGGCUGCUCUCUGCCUGGUCACUUACAUAGCCCUCCAGGUACCAGCUUUGUCUCAAGAGGACUUGGAUGCUUACCUGAGUCAGGCCGUGUGUCUGAGACUAAAAUCCUCUCAGGAGCUUCAACAGAUCAAACUGCCUUUCCUUUGCAGUCGUGCGGUGCAGCUGGGAUCUCUCUAUGUCCGAGGACUGAGCCACCUGCUGGGUGCUAACUGUGCCAGCGGAUGCCCACUGCCCAGCGCUGCCCUGAUGCCUUGGCACAGCUUCGAUGGACGGCUGUUCCACUCAAAGUACCUGCUGGCACACAGCGGCACAGAGAAAACAGUGUUGCUGGAAAGCGAUUCGUCCUGCUUGUCUCUGUUUGUCCGCCUGAGAGUGAAACUUACAGAAGCCUGCAGGAGACGAGGCAGAGUCCUGCAGUCCAGACCCAAUCUGUUAGAACAAAGUCAUAAAACCACACCAGGAUACAGAGAAAAACACGCAGGUCGGCAUCCGGGUGCUGGUGAGAGCUGGAGGGAGAGAGGAGAGACGACAGGAGGCCUUCGCCAUGGAGGAGGGUGGAGGGAGAGAGGGGAGGUGAGAGGAGACAGAAGAGAAUAUGAAAACAGAGAGAGACCAUGGGAGAGAGGAAGAGGGAUGAGAGGAGGCUGUGAUGGAGGACAGUGCAGAGGUCGAUACCAGCUGGCUGCGAGAUGGUCGCAUCCUCCUGCACCAGGAAAAUAACUUGACCCUGAACAGAGAGAAGAGGAGGAUUAGAGGGGAGGAUUUGAGGAGUUAAGAGGAUGGGAAAGAUGUGAUGAAUUUCUCUGAACAACCUGAUUAGUGAAUUACCCGUCAGGGAUGUUUGUCUAAAGGAGGCAGUAUGUAGAGAAAUGGGGAUCAAGAGGAGGAGGAAUUAAGAGAUUAGGUAUACAUCAUUUAAUUUGCCAGUUUAACCUGAAUGUGUCUUUUUGUGCAUCUAAAAAUAAUCCUGUAGACAUACUAUGAACAUUGCAAAACCUCUCCUUUAUCUCAGGGUGGCUUGCUUGUUUUACUGGGACAGAAAUUAAACAUACACAUAAUCACUCACAAAA